ACUACAGUGUGUUUGCUCCAACAUCUGCUGUACAGCUGGGGUAAAUUUAUGGACUGGAUGUGCCACGAUUUUAAUAUUUACAUUUUUUUCUCCGUCAUCUUCCUGUUUAAUAGACGUGGGAGUGGAGAAGUGUGUGUACUGGGAAAACACUGCAUAAACAAAGUUACAAUUCAACGAUACACGUGUAUUUUGUUGUAGCUGAAAUGGACAGCACCCCUGACCUUUAAUUUAUCAAAAUGCAUCCGUGUAAGGACCAAUCUGACCUUCCAGAUCAUCAUAAUGAUGUGAUUCCGAAACCUAAUCUGGAGUUCGAAGAUGGCACUCACUCAAUUUUUAUGAUAAUUCAGAAAUUUCCUUUCCCCGUGGUUGUUCUGUGCGAUACAACCAGGUGUCCGAUUCCUGUGGACAGGUCGCGAUUCAACUUUGAUUUGUCGCAACCUCUGUUGUUCUACCGUAAGAGGAGUAUUCAGAAGAUUCCGGCCAGAUCUGUGUACGUGGACGACACUGACCAAUACCAGGAGGCUGGUGACCCCCUACUCAUCCCAGAGGACUACAAAGGUUACUUUGCUAUACUGAAGAGAAGAAAUCUUUCCGGAACAACUGACAACAAUGCACCACACUUUACGAAGAUCGAGGAUAUUGCCCAGUCUGACACAGAAAAGUUCCUAAUUGGUGGUCAAAACCGGGUAAAAGCAUACCAAGUAAUCAAUGGAAAGGAUGAUGACCAAAGUUACUAUGAUCAACAGCGGAUGCUCUUUCCUGGGGAUGUUCUACGGAAACUCAGGUUAAUUACAUCCGAGACGAAAAAGAAAACCAAAUUCUUACGACGAAGGUCUCUGAUAACAGAGAAAUUUCUUCUCUGUUUGGAUGAGGCAGAUCGAGAAGUUAUCAUUCCAUUCACACAGACUGGAUUGUUCUAUGCUCUUACAACGGCAUCAGGAAAGGGCACGUGUCCUGUAAUGCAAAUGAGCGAAAUUGUAGCCAACAAGUUCUUGCCUUGUGUUGUGAAAUUAGUGUACGGUCGCGUUCCCACGACGCCUUGCUUCUUCCCUGGUCUUUUACAACUCGACCAAGGGUAUUUGGAGCAGUCUAUCGUGGCUGCCACUAUCAUGAACAAGAAAAACAUCCUUGUAGAGAUACCAUCCACUUGUAAGAUGGAGUUUCGUGUAGCACAUACGAACGAUGAGCUGAUUUCACACCAAGGAUACAAAAAUGCAGUCGACGUAUCUAGGGAAAAGAUUCAUUCUUACAUGAGGAACAUCAAAGUCUGCCUAAGUUGCAAAUCCGAUGACCAACUGCACAGCUGCGAGUCGUCCGGAUCCAUAACCGUCGGUGAAAGAGUAUCACAGGUGUCACUGGAACCGGAAAUGGAACCUCCAAAACCGUGCACGAAGGAUAUCAAUAGAGAUUCGGGUUACAUAAAGAUGGCACCGUCAAGCGAUGAUUUGUGUAUGCAAUCCGAUGGAAAACCAGAAAUCAGUCAGGAUCAGUAUGUAAAGAUGAAACUCACUUCACAUACGUCCCCACCCCCUGAUUAUGUUCUUAAACUCUUCUUGGAGAACAAACUUUUUGAGGUGCCUGUAUAUUCCAGUGAUGCAAACCAGACCGUUGACACUGAUGAUACAGAAAACACCUAUACUUUGAAGGGGGCGGAGAACAGAAGUCAACACGUCACCACGCCUCCCGACCUACCUCCACCGCCUGUUCCAUGUCCAGGAACGCCACCUUCUCUCUGCGGGGGUUCGCCAUCACAGGACAGUGGUAUUUCAGAUAUUGGUUUAACAGAUACUCGACGUCCGUCCACAUUUAUAUUCGCUGAAAGUGAACAGAACCCGGAUGAUAACACAUACGACAUCCCGCAGAUUCCAACACGGCGUGUUAGCGCUCCGCCAAAUUUCGAUACCGUGCCUAUCAUUCCGGAUUCCAAACAAGGCGCUUCACCAAAAUUAUUUCAAUUCACCCGAUCUAGAUCCGCCAAUAAGCGAGUGUCGAGCACGCCGUCUGAAAUGUUGAAAGAAGAUGGGAGACUGACGAGUCCCACAGAUACAAUACAUGAGCACGACUUCGCCACAGAGAACCCUUGCUACGAAAACAUCGAGGGCAUGAAAGAAAUCCAGGCGAAACUAAUAGAACAUCAAAACUUAACGGAAUCGAUCGACCCUGAUGAUGAUCUGACAUCGUUCCGCCUUCCGUGGUACCUUGAAUCGUUAGACUCUUCUGAAAGGUACCAGACACCUCCCUCAUCUUCAUCUCCGCAACGGCACGACGAUGAUAUUCAUGAUCCUCUUUACUACAUGUCUCCGAACGAUAUCGACCACAGCGUUUAUCGCACGCCGACCAGUAAAAGCCCCGGAUUAUCAAGUAGUUCGGUUUCACUUUCAGAUCCGUUCGACAACGUCUUUGAUAUAUCGCCAUGUAAUCCUACGCCACAUGAUUACUUAGAACUGAUUGAUGCAGUUGCAGGUGAAAAGAAAGAGGAAGAAGAUGACGAAGACGUGUAUGAUGUCAUACCGGAUAUACCCGGUACCAAACCUCUGUCAGCACCACAGGGAACGCUGAAAAUGUCUGACAAUGAAUAUGUUGAUUGUUUAAACUCUGACCUAGUUGAGAAUGAACAACCUCCACUUCCCCAUCACAUGCAACCCGUUACUUACACGAACUCUUGUGUAAAAGCCAAUGAGGCUUGCGAAGAAAGUAGUGAUACUAUUGGCACACACCUUGACGACGACGAGGGUGAUAGUACAAAGAUACAAGAAAGUGAUCACGCCAAAGAACGGGAGAAUGGAAACGUCGAAAACGAGGGUCAUCACCAGAUCAGCGAGAUUUCUGAUUCAAGCUUAAUCUGCCACAUCGAAUCUGAAGUUGAAUGUUUAUAUGGAGAGGAAACGAAAGAUGUAAACAAAGAUUCGGAUUUUGAAAUUGAUGAGGUAGACCAAGCCGAAAAUAACAGUAGUCUCAGAGGAUUAAACCCCAACAGUGUCGAAUGGUGUCAACCAGAAUCACAGGAAGACAAUAUUUUGGUUAGAGAUACUAUGUUGCAAAUGUUCGCCAAAGAUACAUCUGGCGAAAAUGAAUUGGAUGAGGAGGCUGACUGUCAGGAGAAAGGUUGUGUGGAUGAGGACGAUUGUGAUGAUUGUAAAUCUGAAAAUCAAGGUAAUUGUGACAAGGACAUUCAUUGUGGAGCUAUCGAAAGCCAGCAGAAUGAGUUAAAUAAAAAACGGUCUGACCCGAUUUGUGAUAAUCUGUCACCAACAAGUUCUAGUGAAUCACUUGGCAACGCAUGCUUGCAAAUAAAACCUACCCCGCCUCCAAUUUCACCCAAACCAAUCCGCAAUCGUGUGGAGAAACCUGAAACGGUGUCACAAGAAAUUCCAGGAACCAUUUCCUCAAACAGCGAAGAAUCUAGUCAUGUUGACGAAAUAGACAAUCAGCCGGUCCAUCAUCAACUCAAGCACCGAGAGAGAACAGAGUCUAAUUCUAUAUCUAUGUCUCUUGAACUCUUGGAAAAUGAGCUGAAUGACAUAGGUGUGACCCUGAAAGCUAGAAACAUCAUUAAAGAUAGAAAUAUAGGAAUCGAAGAUUUACUUAGCAUGGACGUGGAUAGUCUUCAGAAGGAUUUGCCUGGCGUCGGUUUCUUGGAUCUCAAACGGAUAGCCAUGUUCAUCAGGAAUAUUAUGACUAGGGCCACAGGUCAUUGAGACGAGAUUGAGGACGGAUGGAUUUUAAAUGUGAUGACAAAAUGGGCAACUGUGCAAUAUGGCGCCAUGUUCGCGAGUGUUCUGUAAAUCAGUAGUAAUGUGCAAUAUGUCAUCUACUGGUAGUCAUGUUGGCAAAGUCAGUAACCUGCAAGUGUUUUCUAAGCACCGUUUACCAGUAGUAGUGUUCUGUAUAGUGUCGUAUGCUGGAAGUACUGAAGUUCUGUACCAUCUGGAGAACAUGUUAAUUAUACUGCCACACGCUAGGUGGUUUAGUAGUUUAAUGCAAAACAUUACCUUUGGAUUAUUCAUUUCUAACAUACCGAUGAAGUAACUGCUUUUUUGACAAAUCCGAGACACAAAGACUAGUCAAAGCUAUCAUUUAAUAUAAAAUAUUUCAACAGCAUGUGAAAGAGAUAUUGACAGCUGGUGUUUCUGUUAUUAAUGGUAUGAUAUAUAUAUAUGGUUGAUGUUGCUGCGAUAUACAUAUAAAAUGCUACAUACUUUGUACUGUGUGCUGUUCUGAUGAUCAUUGAAGACAUUUCAUUGCUUGAUUUAAUAUAUAUUUCAACGAGGAAUGUAUUAAUGUAUUUAUGUAAGAACCAAUAAAAUAGGCACAUCGAAGUUUAAAUUAUAUUCUAGACUAGGAAUAUAUGGGGUAUCGGGAAAAUGUCAGUAAAAAUUGGCCUUGCAAAUCAUUUAUAACUUUUGGCACAGUUAUUUAAGAAUUUAACCACAGACCCACGUAUUGGCACAUUAUAAUUGAUAUUAAAUGUCACUGUAAUUAUUUUACACUCGUGGCCUUCUAAUUUUAGCUGAGCGGACAGAUCCGCCCGUUAAUUGGCGCACCAGCAGGAUACAAAACGUUACAAUUAAUGCGAUAUUGCGCGAAUGGUGUGUUGGACUUAAAAAAACCUAUAACUUUCCAAUUAUAUCGUGGCAAAUAUAUCGUUUUGUUUCCUUGUUUGAUUUGAGAUAUUUUGAAACAGUUUCAGUGAGUCAUUACGUAAGUGGGCACAGCCGUAAUAGAAAGUUAGUGUGCCAUUUUCCACGUUUCUCGUAUACACUCUGUUGUAAUUAAGUGUUGGCGUUCUGUAUAGCAUUUCCUGCGUUUUGUGAUAAUUUGUCGUUUUAACUUACGUUGAAUUGUCAGCUUGGGUCAAGAGUUACGUCUGUGAACUGCGGCAGGAAUUUCCAUCCACUUAAUGGCAGUUUCCAAUACCGUUUAACGCGCGAGAGGACGUGUAAUGGUGGUGAGGUGUCAACCAACGGUAAUUAUGGCAUGCUGACCUGAUUGUUUCAGAGAAAUAAAUACGACAUCGGUCAUUUUCCUUUUUUUACUGAAUGUUACAUCUUUAUAACAUACAUUGUACCUAGAACCAGCUGAAAAGCCGCAACACUGUCCAUCGAAUUGAAAAUAAGACAUCUAUGCUUUACUGAUACAUAUUGCUCUAAAUAAAAUUGUUAUUUAUUUUUGAAAUAUGACACAAUAUUAACCGUAAGUGCCUCAUUUCAAUGUUUUUAGAUUGAAUAAAUAUUUUUUUUUUGAAAUCCAAUGCACACUGUUAAAUGAUCGAUACCGGUUUACAGAUCAAAAUAUCAUAGUUUUAUAUGAUUGUUGUUAUU